GACAAUAACUUAAGUGAUUUUGAGCAUGAAAAUGAGUUAAUAUAUAAUUCUGUAGUUGCUGUCCAGAAGAAUAAAAAGUUGGGCUUUCCUGAAGAAAAGUUAUGUAAAGGAGAGAUAUUUAAAAGUUGGGAAGAAGCAUUAAAUAUAAUAACAAUAUAUGCUCAACAGAAAGAGUUUGGAUUAAGAAAAGGCUGCAGUAAAAAAACUUCAGAUAGAGUUAUAUGCAAUUGA